AAAGCAUAACUUUUGGUUUACAGGUGUCUGUUACUUCUACUCGUAUCGAAAUCAAAAAUGAAAUUGUGCAGUAUCUUAGUUUUGUUUGUCUGUUUUACUGUAUCCAUUUAUGCAGAUCGCAAUUAUGGACCAGAAGAUUGCUCUAAACCUGCUAGUGUUCCACGCCUUCCAAUCUGCCCUAUUGCUCCUCAACGACUAUGGCGAUGGGACGUAAAGUCCAGGUCUUGUGUACGCAGCUUGGUUCAUGGAUGCUAUUAUACUAAGAACAAUUUCUCCACUGAAGAUGAGUGUAACAAGGUGGCUAAACCAAUUUGCGCACAAUUACUUUUAUAAAUAUUAUAAUGUUUAUUAUGUCUAUAAGUGUAUUAUUAUACCCAAUAUAGUGAGUGUUAGUCCUGUAAGUUUAAAAGUAAAAGGCGAAUUGUAAUACUUAUUUUCAAAAUGCUGAUUUUUAUGUAUGAAAAAUGUUGUGCAAUGGUAUAUAAUAUUAAAAUAAUUAAUAAAAAGUUCUGGCAAAUGCCGAUCUU